AUGGUUCCCAGCUGGCCAUCGACAGGCUGUUGGAGACACCUGCCCGUCGUUCUCGCUGCCCUCACCCUCCCAUGGACCGCGACAUUAGCUGCCGCCGAGAAAUCGGCUGGCGACUACUUUGUCCACUCGCUUCCCGGCGCACCCGAGGGACCUCUGGUGAAGAUGCAUGCUGGGCACAUCGAAGUUACCCCCGAAACCAAUGGCAACUUAUUCUUCUGGCAUUUUCAGAAUAAGCACAUUGCGAACAAGCAGCGGACCGUCAUCUGGCUGAACGGCGGGCCGGGAUGCAGCUCCGAGGAUGGCGCAUUGAUGGAGAUUGGCCCCUACCGAUUGAAGGACGACAAAACGCUGAUGUAUAACGAUGGCGCUUGGAACGAGUUUGCGAACGUGCUGUUCGUCGACAAUCCGGUCGGCACCGGCUUCAGCUAUGUCGACACCAACGCCUACGUGCGCGAACUUGACGAGAUGGCCGAACAGUUCGUCAUCUUCAUGGAGAAGUGGUAUAAGCUGUUCCCAGAGUAUGAACACGACGAUCUUUACUUCGCCGGAGAGUCGUACGCUGGCCAGUAUAUCCCCUACAUUGCAAAACAUGUCCUCGCCCGGAACAAGGAGGCGGGUACAAAACAGUGGAAUUUGAAGGGCUUGCUUAUCGGCAACGGGUGGAUCUCGCCGCCCGAGCAGUACGAGGCCUACCUCCAGUUCGCCUUUGAGAAGGGCCUAGUAAAAAAAGGGAGCGACAUUGCCAGCAAACUCGAGGUCCAGCUCCGCAUUUGCCAAAAAGACCUUGCCGUCGGCGAGAGCGCCGUCGACCAUCCGGAGUGCGAGAAGAUCCUCCAAGAAAUUCUGAAACUCACAGCCACGCGCGGCAAGGACAACAAACUCGAGUGUUACAACAUGUAUGAUGUGCGCCUAAAGGACGUCUAUCCAUCCUGCGGCAUGAACUGGCCAUCCGACCUGGCUAACGUUCAGCCGUACCUCCGUCGUAAAGACGUCGUCCAAGCCCUCCACGUCAAUCCCAACAAGGUCACCGGCUGGGUUGAAUGCGACGGUCGGGUUGGCCAGAACUUCAACCCUGUUAAGUCCAAACCCUCCAUCGACCUCCUCCCGGAUAUUCUCUCCGAGGUGCCAGUCAUGCUCUUCUCGGGCGCCGAAGACCUUAUUUGCAACCACCUGGGCACCGAAGCUUUGAUUAGCCGCAUGGCCUGGAACGGCGGUCGCGGCUUUGAACUCUCCCCGGGCACCUGGGCGCCCCGCCGCGACUGGACCUUCGAGGGCGAAGACGCCGGCUUUUGGCAGGAGGCCCGUAACCUGACCUACGUCGUCUUCUACAACGCCUCCCACAUGGUACCCUACGAUCACCCGCGCCGCACUCGCGACAUGCUCGACCGCUUCAUGGGCGUUGACAUCAGCUCCAUCGGCGGCGACCCCACCGACUCCCGCCUCGAUGGCGAGAAGGGACCCGAGACCACCGUCGGUGGCACCGCCGGCAACGGCAACGCCGACCAGGAGGCCGAGAAGGCCAAGUUGAGCGCCGCUAAGUGGGAGGCUUACCGCCGGUCGGGCGAGAUCGUGCUGGUCAUCGUCGCCGUCGCUGCCGCUGCCUGGGGCUACUUUGUUUGGCGCGAGCGCCGCAAGAGGCGUGGGUACCAGGGCCUGGCGAGCGCCGAGAACGGGGCUGCUGGCGGGGUGAUGGGCGGGAACUCGGGGUUCCGGAACACCCAUGGCGGGAGGCCUCGGUCGGAUGUCGAGGCGGGCGACUUUGACGAGACGCAGCUGGAUUCGCUGCAUGUGCGCUCGCCUGUCGAGGGGCAGGAGGAUGCGCGGUACAGCCUUGGGGCUGUGAGCGAUGACGAUGAUGAGGAAGAGGAGGGGAGUGCAGCUGGCGCGAAAGGGAAAGAAAAGGAGACCGGGAAGGCGGCUGAGAGUUCAUGA